GAAUCCCGAAGGAAUCUUGCGAAAUUUGGAGCUGCACUGCUGGGAAAUAUGCAGAUUUCUCUCACAGAACUCGACGAUGAGACUGUCCGCAGCAUGUCUGUCGGUGCCGUUUUUCCAGACUAUGUCGGGAAGAUCAAUUCGAUUGACUUUCAUCGAACCGAGGAUCUACUAGUUACAGCCAGUGAGGAUGACUCGGUGCGUUUAUACAAUACUGCUAAUGCCACGCUUUUGAAGACCACAUAUCAUAAGAAGCAUGGUGCAGACCGUAUAUGCUUCACCCACCAUCCGAGCUCUAUUAUAUGCUCUUCAAGAUACAACUUGGAUUCCUCUGGUGAAUCCUUACGGUAUCUUUCUAUGUACGAUAAUCGAUGUCUCCGCUACUUCAAAGGGCACAAGGAAAGAGUUGUUUCGCUCUGCAUGUCGCCAAUCAAUGACAGCUUCAUGUCAGGUUCACUUGACCAUAGCGUGAGAUUAUGGGAUCUUCGUGUAAAUGCUUGCCAGGGAAUUAUGCGUUUGCGUGGUAGGCCCACUGUUGCAUAUGAUCAGCAGGGCCUUGUUUUUGCGGUGGCAAUGGAAGGGGGUGCUAUUAAAUUGUUUGAUUCUCGUUCCUAUGACAAGGGCCCAUUUGAUACUUUUUUAGUUGGUGGAGAUACAGCCGAGGUCUGUGAUAUCAAGUUCAGCAAUGAUGGAAAGUCUAUGCUUUUAACAACAACAAACAACCAUAUCUAUGUUCUUGAUGCAUAUGGAGGGGAGAAGCGUUGUGGAUUCAGUUUGGAGCCAUCUCCCAAUUCAACGGUCGAGGCAACUUUCACUCCAGAUGGGCAGUAUGUGGUGUCAGGCUCUGGAGAUGGAACCUUGCAUGCAUGGAGCAUCAGCAGACGCAAUGAGGUGGCAUCCUGGAACACCUCUGUUGGUGUGGCGGCUUGCUUGAAGUGGGCCCCUCGUCGGGCUAUGUUUGUCACCGCAUCUACCGUACUUGCAUUCUGGAUCCCUGACUACUCGAAGUCAACUGUGGAGUCAGUUGCUGUUGAGAACAACAAUGUUGGAGUAUGAUCAGAGCACUACCCCGCCUGAUGUAUGAAUGGUGUUUCUUUGCAUGGUUUGCCAACAGCAACUCUACAAUUGCUAGACGAAGAAGUGAGGAUUUCUAGAAGGACAUCGUUGAAUUUCUGUCAGACAGUCACAACCCAACAAUAUUCAUUUUAUCAAUUUUGUGGAAAUUUUGGUUGAUAAUGGAUUUCUUUCAGCA